AUGGGCUCCCAACCCCAGUUCAACUUUUCAUCAUUCCUGCAGUCCGUGGCAUCCGAGCUGUCCUCGCCGCGGGACGUUCGCGCGCCGCUGACCCUAGGCGGCGGCUCGUCGGCCAGCGACGCGUCCGCGUCGCCGCCUGGCCGCGAUCUGGACCAUCCCGACUUCGGCGACGCGGGCGGGAUGGCCCCCGACGGCGAUACCCGGCCGGCCGGGGAGGGCGGGCGGGGGCCGGGGGGUGUCGGGAGGGCGCUGCCGGAUGGCGCGGCGCUGGAGCUCGUGGACGGGGAGAAUGCGGAGGGCGCACUGCCGCAGCUGCCGGAGAAGACGAUCACGGUGCUGAAGGUCGACGUGCUCCGCAACGGCGCGGCGGAAGAGUGCCUGCGCCGGAUCGCGGUGAACAGGAGGUUCAUCUGCUAUGGGCUUGCCCUUGGCCACAUACGUGUGCUGUUCAAGUCCACUGGUGCCAAGGCCCUGCUGAAGGGCCACACCGCGCAGCUGACUGAUCUUCAGUUCCUGAACUAUGAAGAAGAUUGGCUGCUCACAGCUGGAGCAGAUCACAAAAUCUUCAUUUUCAGGCUGAUAUACACCCAACUCGGGGGUAUGGAAUCUCAGAGCCUCUUGCAGUUGGACCUCUCUAGCACAGUGGACCCUUCCCCAGAGGUGCCUGUCAGAGUCUUGUGGCAUCCAAUGUGCGAAAAGUUCUUCCUGUUCUCUGCAAAUGACCGCAUUUUCUUGUUCUCCAUCGAAAGGGCGGUGAAGGGCGAGUCUGUGUCCAAUGCAGCUGGAAGGCUGAGCAGUGUUGUACACAGUGGGGAGGUGGAGCCAGUAGUGUGCACUAUUGGUGCAGAUUUCAGAGACUGCCACUACUGCAAGAUCCUUGCCACGUCCACACACUGCACAUGGCUGUCAGGGCAGAAGGAGGGGAGCCUUGUGGCCGCUGCCACUGCACAAGGAAAUGUUUUGGUCUGGAGACUGCCAGAAGGGGACAUCCUCCCUUUGCUUGAUUUCCAGAGAUCAGUGUCAUGGGCUCUUGGCCCUGAUUUCUGUCCCUAUGGGGGUCAGAAAGUGAGAUUUGUGGACUGGUGCUCACCAAACUGCCUCCUGACAGCGGGCGGCAGCAGUGCUUGCGAAGCCUUAAAGCUCUGGGGUUACGACUGGUCCAAGCCCAUGCUACGCUCCCCGGAUGAGCUUCGCAGACUUGAUGUCCAGCUGCCUCCGGGGAAGGAAGGGCAACUGUUCGUAGCAGUGGAGUCCAGAUGGGACCUUGUGCUGGUGGCAAACUCUGCAAGUCCUGUCAUAUCCGUCCUUCAGCUGGACCUGCGCAGCGAAGGCGCUGCAUUUAGUUCUGUGGCCCAGUUUGCACUGAAGCAGCCCAUUCUAAGCAUGCAGGUGGUUUGCAACAGCGAGGCGGCUGGUGGUGUCGAUGAGUUGGUGAGGCUGUAUGUGGUGCAGACUGAGGCGGUAAAUCAGUACAGCUUGAAUCCGUACCUCUGCUGUCCUCCAGCUGGUGAUCGAGGCCAGGCAGAGGAGGGGGGUUCUCAGGACGGCGUGGCAGCAGGCAGCUGCAGCAACCUGUUGGAUGACCACCUCAUGAAACUUGGCUAUGAAGGCGUGGGCAUGGAAGACAGUUUCAAGCAGUCCAGAGAACAGGCCAGCCCCGGCUUGUACAGUGCGACUCCAGCUGCACCGCAGAAUGGCUCAGAGCAAGGAUCAGCUUUGGAUUCAAGCGCAGACCUUCUAUGCAGCACCACAGACCCACAGGGGAGGGGCAGCCGGCACCUGGGAGGCGGUCCUGAUCGGAUUCCAUCAGAAGAUGCCCUCCAACAGGUCAGCGCAGCGCUGCCAACUCUGUUUGGGGGCGCUUUCGGCAAUGGACAGCCCUCCAGUUGCCAGGACCACAUUUCGGCUGGCCCACUGCCAGUCAUAAUUCCUGAAGAAUCGUCGCAUGGCCACGUGGUGGAGAGUGGUCGAGCGCCGGGGUCGUCUUCUGCUGGCUCGGCACCAAAGCUGCCACUCCAAAAUCAAGCUGGCGCCUCCGGUGGAACGCUCGGGCCACGAGGUGCAUCGUGGCCUGAGCCCUCAAACAGGGAUGGGGCAGACUCCCAACAGGGCAUUGCCAGCCCGUCAGUGAGUGGCACUGCACUUGAGCCCCCCACGGUGGUGAAUCCACGAGUGACACAAGCGGCAAUGGGCAUGCUGCAAGGAGUGACACCAAUCGGAGGGGGCCCACAGCCGCAGAAGUCUCAGUCGGCUGUUGACGUUCCAAGCGACCCCCCGUCCAGUGCUGGCCUUCCAGAUAUGGUUGGUCAUGGGACCGUCUAUGGCCACGAAGAGAAGAGGAGCUUGCCGUCAGAUUCAAGGUCGCACUACUUCGAGGGAUCGCCCACUGUGGAGAAGGUGAUCUUGGAGCACAGAAAGAUUAUGAAGAACAUGGAGCACAAAUUAGGCAAGACUGUUCGCGAUGUGGAGGCUCGGGUGGUGGAGUUGUCAAGCACCCUGAAAUCGCACAUGGAAGCCCACAGAGAGGGUGUGGCUGGGAAUCAAUUGCAGGCUUUGGUCGCAUCAGCCACGCAAGAGGUGGUCAUGUCUACUGAGAAGGUGAUUCGCAAUGAAAUGAAAUCUGCGCUCCGAACGGCUCAGUUUCCAGGUUCGCAAAAGGCCCUUAUGGAGGGCAUCAGCAAGAACCUGACGACCGCACUGUCCAGGAGCAUGGAGAUGUGCAUCGCAUCACAGCUUCCCAAGGCCCUGAUGCAGCCAUUGCAGGAAUACUUCAAAGACAGUUUCAGAACGCUGAUACCGGCGUUCGAAGCAGCUGUGCAGGCCAUGUUCACCCAGAUUCACGGGAGCCUAGUGGCAGGGCUCUCUGAACACCUUGGUCCAGCUGGUGGAGCAAUGAACAAAGUUUCUGCAUCAGUCGAGCAGGGGCUGUCGCAGGUCAGCACAUUGGUUGAAGGCAUUGGGAGGGAGAUGCAGGACAUGAGGCAACAAUUUGUUGAUGUGAAGUCGAAGAUGGCAGAGCUCAAGCGCGACAUCAUGGUUUUGCGCGACCGGCCGUCUUCCCCCGCUGUUCACACUCGCUCUGCAUCGCGGACGCCGUCAGAUCCCAGUGCAGAACUUGCAGUCAUGAUCAAGGCUGGUGAUUACGAAGGGGCAUUCAACCAGGCCCUUUCCUUGGCGCGGAUAGAUGUUGUGACUUGGCUCAUUUCCCAGAUAGACCCCUACCGUGUGCUCGGUGGUUCGACGUGCCCCUUGAGCCAGAGCGUCCUGUUGUCACUGUUGCAGCAGCUGGGUUGCGACCUCAACGCCAACACCGCGCAGAAGUUGGAGUGGAUAAAGGCCGCAGCCAUGCACUUGGAUCACAGCCCCAGCAGCCCUAGGACCUCGCACCUCCAGCAAGGCGUGCUGGAUCACCUGCUGCAACAGCUGAAUGCAGUGGCUCCGACGCUCACAGGGCCAACCAGCAUGUCGGCGAGGAUCGCGGUGCACCUUGUCGGGUCACUUCAAAAGCAGACAGUAUGA